AUCGGCUGCAUGUUCAUCAAGAUGUCGCAGCCCAAGAAGAGAGCCGAGACCCUCAUGUUCAGCCGCGCCGCUGUCAUCUCGCAGCGCGAUGCCAAGCUCUGCCUCAUGUUCCGUGUGGGCAACCUCCGCAACAGCCACAUGGUGUCUGCCCAGAUCCGCUGCAAGCUCAUCAAGUCCAGACAGACACCGGAGGGGGAAUUUCUGCCACUGGACCAGUGUGAGCUGGAUGUUGGAUUUGGAACUGGAGCUGACCAGCUGUUUUUGGUUUCCCCUUUAACCAUCUGCCAUGAAAUCAACUCAGACAGCCCCUUUUUCUGUCUCUCACAAAGAUCCCUGAGGAGUGAGCAAUUUGAAAUCGUUGUCAUCCUCGAAGGGAUCGUUGAGACCACCGGAAUGACGUGCCAAGCCAGGACCUCCUACACAGAGGAUGAAGUGCUGUGGGGUCACAGGUUCCUGCCAGUCAUGUCUCUGGAAGAUGGAUUUUUCCGUGUGGAUUAUUCUCAGUUCCACGCCACCUUUGAAGUCCCCACUCCUCCUUACAGUGUCAAAGAGCAAGAAGAAAGCCUGUCCCAGGCAUCUCUCUUGAACAGUCCUUCUGAGAAGAAAAGCAGAAGAGAACAGGUUUGUCCUCUUGACUGUGCUGAUGUUACAGGAGAGAAGAACAAGCUCCCUGCUAAACUCCAGAAGAUCAGCUCGAGGAAGGAGGGCCUUCCACCAAGAGCCCUGAGAAUGAGUUCCUGUAACACACAGAAGAAUUUCAGUACUGGGGAUCUCUUGGAAAUUGAAGAAAUAAGUCCCAUGUCCGAUGGUGAAGACAGUGAUCACAGGAUGCAGCUGAAAGGCUUAAAAAUAAAUGCCAAGGCUCUGACUCAGUCCACCAGCAACCUCGAGUUACAGAAGGAUUUUCCAGGUAUGGGCACCCUAGAGGUGAAAUUGGAAGAUAAUUUCCCUGCCAAACUUUGAAAAAUGAACUCUGAUUGCUUCUUUUAAGAGCUGAAGAAACAGGAGUUGCUGAUAAACUGCAUUUGAGACUGCUGCCCUGGAAGAGUUGUUUCACAGUAAAGUCACAACUUGUCUCUGCUGCUUUCAGGAAGAAUGAUCCUUUUUUGUAUAAUUGUUCUGUGCAGAUCCAAGCUAGGUAGCAUAGCAGGACUUUGAGGGGCAGUAAGGUUACCCUGUCAUGCCAAAGAGAUUCCUGCCCUGAUAAUGCUUAUCAGCAUGCUCAUUGCAAAUCCAGCCUGUCUUCCAUGUAUGCGGAUGCUUUUUCACAAAGCAAGGAUCAGAUCCUCAGGCACAGAUGGGAGCAAGAAGGGUGUAAGAGCAGCUGGACCCUGGUUUUGUGCAGCUCAGGUCCUGGACUGCUCCUGAAGGGCAGAACAGCAGAACACAGGAGGAGUGUGUGGCACUGCUCAGCCCUAGUCCAGCUGUCUCUUUGCAAAGAGGCUUUCCUGCUCCAUCCUUCUCUCCCAGUGACUGUGGCACACUCCCUGUGUGCUCCCAGUGUCUCACCCAUGGCUAUUCAGGUGAGGAAGCAGUGUGCAAUAACCAUUUGGGUCAUUUGGCCCACAGGAGCUCUCCUAAACGUGAGGAUCUUUAUCCUGUCCAGAAUUAGACCUCAGCAUUUGAUUUGGUGGAUCACGUGCUGAAUUUUAAUGGCCAUAUCACCACUCACUGUGAAGGAAACUUGAGAUCAGUAGCUCAGAUUCUUGGCAUGUUUUGUACUGCAAUUAAAUGACAUUUCAGUUUGGAGACAAUGUAAGUAAAUAAAUAAAAGCCAAGUGCUAAAUAAUGCUCAGUCAUUACACAUCUCAGAGUUUUACUAAUGAAUGGUAGUCUUUGAUGUUGCUAAUUUUCAUUUUGUUCCAUUUGCCUUCUCCAUUUAUAUAUGAUUCUCAGUAAUUUUGUAGAUUUGAUAUUUAUUGCUAUUCAGCUCAGUCGACCUCUGCCUGUGAGAGAGGCUUUUUCUUUCCUGGUUGGUAGUAAUUAUAAACACACCCUGCUGUUUGUAAACAGUGUUCAGUGGCUCAGCAUCCAGUGUUCAUCACCAGACCACUCUCCAAUAAAGGAUCAAUUCUGCUCUUGUUACAUGGACAAAAUUCAGUCAGAUUUAAUUAAAAGGGGUGGCAGUGGCCAUGAUGUUUGCUAAUGCAUUCCUGGAUGGUAAAAUUAUGUAUCCAGGCUAUGAACAGCUUGGCUUGCAGAACUCACUAUUUCUUUUGAUCUGUCUACAGUGUGAAACUGGAAAAUGCUGUUUUAUGCAGGGUUAAGAUGUGCUGCUUGUUGUCGUUUAUCUGUUCUCAACAUGAAUUUCAACAAUAUAUAUGUGCUAAAAUCUGUAUUUUCAUUUAUCAACUGUAUUUGUAUGGAGUACUUAGAUGACAGCAUGAAGUCUUAAGCGAUGAUGACUCUCCCUACUCUUUGGAGCUGCCAAAAUUAGUAUAAAAUAAAAUUACAUCCACCUCA